AUGUGGGAGCCCUCUGCCCUCUACGACUUCUACGUGGCGGCGCUGCGCGCGUCGGUGCAGCUGGCGGUUGUGCUGUCGCUGCUUGUGUCUGCCGACCGCGUGCUCAACGUCCUCAAGUUCGCCUGCAUCAAGCUGCGCGCAAAGCUGACGGGCAGGCUGCCGCAGGACGCCUGGUUCCGCGCGCCGCUGCCCAAGGCCCCAGAGGAGUACCCGCUGGUGGCUGUGCAGCUGCCCAUGUUCAACGAGCGCGCCGUGUGCCAGGCCAUCAUCGACUGCUGCGCAGAGCUGGAGUGGCCCGCGCAGCGGCUCAAGAUCCAGGUGCUGGACGACUCCACCGACGGCGUGACUCGGGAGCUGGUGGAUGAAAAGGUGCUGGAGUGGCGGGAGCGGGGCAUCGCGGUGGAGUGCGUGCGCCGCACCAACCGCCAGGGCUACAAGGCGGGGGCGAUGAAGGAGGGAAUGGAGGCUCUGGCGCGCGAGGGGUUCGAGUUUGUCGCUGUGUUUGACGCCGACUUCAAGCCCGAGCCCGGCUUCCUGCACAGGACCCUGCCAUACCUCAUGGGCAACCCGCAGGUCGGGUAUGUGCAGUCGCGCUGGGUGUUCACCAACCCGCAGGAGUCGUACCUGACCAAAGCACAGGAGGUCAGCCUGAACUACCACAUGAAGUGCGAGCAGUACACCCACUCCGCCGCCCGCUCCUUCUUCAAUUUCAACGGCGUGUGGCGCCUGGCGUGCAUCGAGCACGCGGGCGGCUGGAAUGCGCGCACGACGGUGGAGGACAUGGACCUGUCGCUGCGCGCCUACCUGCGCGGCUGGUCGGCCGUCUUCUUGCACGAUGUGGCCUGCCUGAACGAGCUGCCUCUGGGUCGCAAGGUGGAGCUCAUCCUGCUCUACUUUGGCGUGCGCAAGUGCUCCACCCACCUCGUCUCCCUGGGCUUCUUCUGCACCCUGGUGCCCCUCACGGUCUUCACGCCAGAGGUGCACAUCCCCACCUGGGCCCUGGUGCACCUGCCGGUGGCCGUCACCCUCUCCACCUCCUGGUUCACCCGCAAGGGCUGGCUCUACUCCGUCUUCUACGUCCUCUUCGAGAACGCCAUGGGCACAGUCAAGCUGUGGGCGGUGGUCACGGGCCUGCUGGACCUGCAGCGCGCCCAGGAGUGGGUGGUGACCACCAAGCUGGGCAGCAGCGACAAGCGCCCCGGCACGGGCGGCGACGGCUCCGCCAUCACCAUCCCCUCCUGCCGCCUCUACCUCAACGAGCUCGCCUGGGCCCUGUUCACCGCAGCCGCCGGCUUCUACGGCCUGUUUGCCGGCACCGCCCACAUGGGCCUGGCCCUCUACCUGCUGGUGCAGAGCUUUGUGUUCCUGGCCUUUGGCCUCAACUGGGUGGACGCGGGCGGCCUGCUGGGCGGGCGGCUGGACGAGGAUGUGGUGCGGGUGCCGGUCAAGGCCAGCGGCGCCCCGCUGGCGCCAGCGGGGCGAGAGGUCAAGCGUGCGUACACAAUCCCCGUCAUCAAGCUGGACUCGGAGGAUCGCCUGCCCGCCAUGCGCACCGCCGCCUCGGCGUACGCCAAGCUGGACUCAGGCGGCAGCCGCACCGACGUGCUGGAGGGGCUGGCGGACGGCAGCGCCUCGCCCUCCACCAGCAGCAGCGCCUCCUCGCUGCACGACGGCUACGGCUCCAGCUCUCCCGAGGGGCUGGGAGACAACGCGGUCAGCCUGGCCAGCGUGCGGCUGGCAGACAGGUGGAAUGUGUCGCCGGACUCCAGCCUGACUGAUAUCUAUGCCACCAAGCCCGCCGCCAAGCUCUCCACCCCGGGGGCGGGCGCCACCCCCGCUGCGCUUGCCGCCGACAUGCUGGCGGGGAAGACGCAGCCGCGCCGCGGCUGGGGCAGCCUGUUCGGGCUGGCGCCAGCCUACGAGCGCCUGGAGGCCGCGCACGUGGAUUGA